AUUCAACACUCCCACUCUCUCUCUCUCUCUCUCUAAGUGCAAGACUGCAAAUGCAACUCCAUAGCCAAAGCUCGAGUCUCCAUCACUCCCGCACGCACCACCACCGACACACCGCUUCCCCCUCGCUCAGCUGAACCGCCGCCGGCCGCCGCCAUGGGCAAAGCCUCCAAGUGGUUCCGCAACCUCCUCGGCCUCAAGAAGGCCGACUCGCCUUCCCCCCCGCCGGCGCCGCCGCCUGCCAACCGGGAGAAGCGGCGGUGGAGCUUCGUCAGGUCGCACCGGGACAGGGACGGCGGCGGCGGCGGCCGCCACCGGCGCUGCAGCAGCUCGUGCCCCACCCCCGCCGCCGCCCGCUCGGGGGUCCUCGCCGCGGACCCGAGCAAGCACGCCAUCGCCGUCGCGGCGGCCAGCGCCGCGGCCGCGGAGGCGGCGGUCGUGGCCGCCCACGCCGCGGCGGAGGUGGUGCGGCUGACGAGCAGUGGUCGGUGCGCCGGCGCCGGCAGCGCCGCGGGGUACGGCGACGGGGGCCGCGCGUCGGCCAGGGAAGUGGAAGCGGCGCUCAAGAUUCAGUCGGCAUUCCGAGGCUAUCUGGCAAGGCGAGCGCUGCGUGCCCUGAAGGGAUUGGUCAAGAUUCAAGCGCUGGUGAGAGGGCAUAUCGAGAGGAAGCGAACUGUGCGCAAAAUGCAAGCCCUGUUGCGUGCCCAGGCUCGGGCACGUGCGGAGAGGGCCCAGGUCUCUGAAUCUUCGCAAUCAAGCAGCAAGUCCUCUCACUUUCACCACCCGGGCCCCGCUACUCCCGAAAAAUCAGAAUAUGUGGUUCGAAGCAAGAGUUCCAGACAGGAUCAGUCGCCGGUUCUCAGGAGGAAUGGUUCCAGAUCAAGUGGCAGGAUCGUUGGAUUUCCAGAAAGAGCACCCUUGGGCCGCAAUUGGUCAGAGCGUCGUGUCGAUGACAGACUGGGGGAUCAACGUGGACCUUUGGCGAACAGUGGGCAUGUGGAUGAUGAGAGAAGUGAUAAGAUCCUAGAAAUCGAUCCAGGGAAGCCCUCCUUUACGCCCAAGCGCCGAAGUCUUGUACAGUCGUCGCGGUACUCGUUGCCUUCAGACCAAGCGAGUCAUAGCUACACCACUUCGAAAGACUCGACGGCGCACCAAACAGUUCCUAGCCCCUCUUCAUGUGAGGUGCAAUCUCUAUGUCCGCUGGAUUUCUCUCAUGAUGUGGAGGAAGGUGCGUUCUGCACUGCCGACAACAGCCCCCAAUUCUAUUCUGCGUCUUCCCGGGGCGCUAGUUCUAGGAGAAGCCCAUUCACCCCCACCAAGAGCGAUGGCUCGAGAAGCUACUUAAGCGGCUACUCGGACCACCCCAACUACAUGGCUUAUACCGAAUCUUCAAAGGCCAAGGCCAGGUCGAUGAGCGCCCCUAAACAGCGGCCUCACUUUGAGAAAUCUAGUUCCACGAAGAGGUACUCUAUACACGGGUUCGGCGAAUCGAGGUCCAUCUCACAGAAGGUCCUGUCCUUGCAUGCCAAUUUCUCAAGCAAAGCAUAUCCGGGGUCGGGUCGCUUGGACAAGCUCGGAAUGCCUGUUAGAGGUGAUGGGUACGGGUAUACAUACUAGAGGAAGGUACAGGAGCAUACUAUUGUCGGUCUCUUCUGAUUAAAAUCGAUUGCCUAACUGAUGCUUCGGCCAACCGUCUUCUCUUCGUAAAUGGAAUGUAUCAAACUAUAUUAGAAUUGAAGUAGUCACCAUUAGGGCAGGCCUUCAUAUAUCUAACAGAAGCCGUGUUAUAGAGCUUCUAGUUUUAGUUUGCACCUUAUUUCAACUUCCGUGACUCUGCUACUUUUGUUCUCCCUAGUAUUAGGAGUCAACUAGGAUUGUCAAGGAAGGUAUCGAUUUUAUAGGAUUUACGGAACUUUAUUUCGCUUGACAA